CACGUGCUUCCGCCUUAGCCUACCUGGGCGUGCGGUGGCUGUCUAGCUUUUGCCCGAAGUUGAGGACACCGCGGGCACAGUGACUGGCCCCAGGCCGUGGACUAGGAGGCCAGAAGAUCUUUUCCACGGUGCAGCGCUGAGAUGGAUCCGCUCAGGGCCCAGCAGCUGGCUGCCGAGCUGGAGGUGGAGAUGAUGGCCGAUAUGUACAACAGAAUGACCAGUGCCUGCCACAGGAAGUGCGUGCCUCCCCACUACAAGGAAGCAGAACUGUCCAAGGGCGAGUCCGUGUGCCUGGACCGCUGUGUCUCCAAGUACCUGGACAUCCAUGAGCGGAUGGGCAAAAAGUUGACAGAGUUGUCUAUGCAGGAUGAAGAGCUGAUGAAGAGAGUGCAGCAGAGCUCUGGGCCCGUGUGAGGCCCCAGGCAGUAUACACCCCAAGGUGCGCCCUGCCCCUUCCCACUCGCCCAAUAAAAGUGCCCCUAUUGGGUGUCAUCUGUGAAGACUCCCGGGCCUCGGCUCCCUCUGGAGAGCCUCCAGGAACCCAGAGUAUGGUAGAGUUACUCUCCCCAGUUGGAGAAGGGGUAUUUGUCACACUGUGAUGUGACUGUGUAUGUACGUGUAUGUGUGUGUAUAUAUAUUAAAACAGAUUUGUUGACACCUA